AUGUCGCAAGAAGCUGGUUCAGCAUCUCAAUCAAAAAAUCCUAAGCCUGAUCAAAUUGUUCGACGGACAGCAAACUACCAACCGAGCAUUUGGGGGGAUCAGUUUAUCAAUUAUGAUUCUGAAGACAUAAUAAAUUAUGCCCAUAAGCAAGAAGAAGUUGAUGAACUGAAACUAGUAGUGAGGAGGGAAGUGUUCACAACCAGUGGAGAUGAUUUUUCGAAUCAGAUGCAGCUAAUUGAUGCAAUCCAGCGCCUCGGCAUGGCGUACCACUUUGAAAGGGAAAUAGAAGAAGCACUGGAACAUAUAUAUGCUUCAAAUCAUUUCCAUGAUGAUGAUGGUGAUGGUGAUCUAUACAAAGUUUCCCUUGGUUUUCGGCUACUAAGACAACAUGGACAUAAUGUUUCAUGCAGAAUAUUCAACAAAUUCAAAGAUAGUAAAAAUGGAGGCUUCAAGGAAAGCUUAAUCGCUGAUGUGCCGGGAAUGCUAAGCUUUUAUGAAGCAACGCAUCUGAGGGUGCAUGGAGAAGAUAUACUAGAAGAGGCUCUUGUUUUCACGACAAAACAUCUGGAGUCGGCAACAACCCAUGUAAGCUAUCAACUGGCAGAACAAAUAGCUCAAGCCCUAGAGAGACCGCUCCGAAAGAGUCUCGAGAGGUUAUGCGCCCGUCGGUUCAUGUCCAUCUACCAAGAUGAAGCUUCACAUAAUGAAGCUCUAUUAAAACUUGCUAAGUCAGAUUUCAAUCUUAUUCAGUCUUUGCACAAACAGGAGCUCAGUGAGAUUAUUAGGUAG